UGGACCAUUCAAUUGCUUCCACGCGUUAAUUUGAAUUUCUAGUAACAUUCUAAUUUCCCUCCCAAAUUUGCUGUAAACUGCCCCUCUUUCCCUCUAGUUUCCUCUAAUCUGUGCUUCAACUGGCCUAGUAGCUUGUGAGAAAGUUAGUUUGUAAAAUAUGCAAGUCCAUCGGUUCAUAUUGUUGGUGUCAUUUCUGGUGUAUUUGAGUUGGUUUGGCAUGGCCGACAAAGAGGACGUUCCUUCCAGUUCUGAAGACGCUGUGCCAGAAUCUGAUGAGCCAGAAGUUGAAGUGGAAUCAGAAACAGACACUCCAGAAGAAAAGGAGAAACCGGUCAAGAAACCAGCUGAAAUUGAAGAAUACAAACCUCCUGUGAUAUCUGUGGAACACGAGAAAGCCGUAUUUUUUGCUGAAUCAUUUUCAGAUCCAGAUGUUUAUAAUGCCAGAUGGGUGAACUCUAAAGCCAAGAAAGAUGGUGUGGAUGAAGUUAUUGCAAAAUAUGAUGGGGUUUUUGGUUUUGAAGAGCCUUCUACCAAACUUUUCAAAGGUGACUUAGGUCUUGUUCUUAAGUCUAGRGCAAGACACCACGCCAUAUCUACUAAACUUGAUAGGCCUUUUAAGUUUGAAAACAAACCUUUGAUUGUACAAUAUGAAGUCAAGUUUCAGCAGGCUAUGGAGUGUGGAGGUGCAUAUCUCAAGCUUAUUGCCGAUGGUGAAGGGUUUUCUCCAGAAACUUUUACAGACAAGAGCCGCUACACUAUUAUGUUUGGACCUGACAAGUGUGGAGAGGAUCGCAAGCUUCAUUUUAUUUUCCAACACAAAAAUCCUAUAAAUGGAACAUUUGAAGAAAAACAUGCCAAGAAACCCACAGGUAACUUUCAAGGAGUGUUCGACGGCAAGAAGACACAUCUAUUCACACUUGUUGUCAAGCCAGAUAACACAUUUGAAGUGCUUGUUGACCAAGAGAGUGUGAGCAAAGGAAGCCUACUGGAAGACAUGACUCCACCUGUGAACCCACCAAAAGAGAUCGAAGAUCCUGAUGACAAAAAACCUGAGGAUUGGGAUGARAGGGAAAAGAUACCUGAUCCUGAUGCUGAGAAACCUGAUGAUUGGGAUGAAGAUGCUCCUCAAAAGAUCCCUGAUGCUAAUGCUAAGAAACCUGAAGGAUGGCUUGAUGAUGAACCAGAAUACAUCGCUGAUCCUAAUGGAGUCAAACCUGAUGAUUGGGAUAAUGAAGAAGACGGUGAAUGGGAAGCCCCACAAAUUGCUAACCCAAAAUGUGAAAAAGUUGGAUGUGGAGAGUGGAAGCCUCCAAUGGUUGACAAUCCAAACUUCAAAGGGAAAUGGUCUGCACCUUUGAUUAGUAACCCUGACUAUAAGGGUAUUUGGAAACCAAGGAUGAUCCCCAACCCCAAUUUCUUUGAAGAUUUAGAACCUUUUAAGAUGACUUCAAUUGUUGGUCUUGGAUUUGAGCUGUGGUCAAUGACACCAGAUAUUUUCUUUGACAAUUUAAUUAUUACUGAUGAUAAAAGUGUUGCUGAUAAAUGGGCUAAAGAGAGCUGGGUUAAAAAGAAUGUCAAGGAAACUUAUGGUAGUGGAGAAGAGGGUGGUGUUCUUAGUGGUUUACUGGAAGCAACAAAUGAACGGCCAUGGCUCUGGGUCCUGUUUGUUAUUGUUAUUAUCCUUCCWUUUGUCCUUAUUGCCGCUUGCUGCUUUCCUGGAGGAAAGAGUGAUGCAUCAAAAAAGAAAACUGAUGAACCAACUGAGGACACACAGGAGGAAGAUGCAAAGAAAGAAGAAGAAUCUGAGGACAAGGCUGAAGAACCGGAAGCAGAAAAUGAGGAAGAGGAAAAUGAAGAGCCAGAGGAAAAGAUUUUAAUUUAGGUGUUUUGUACUUAAUAGUGCACUUUAUUUUGUAUUUUACAACUUGCAUUUUGCAUAUUUUAUGGGAUAGAUAGUGAUUCCUGGCAAUUUUGUAUGACCUUUUUGUGAUAUUUAUUGGAAAAGGAAAAAUAUAUAAAUGUUUUCAAUAACUUUA